AUGUCCGGUGUGAUUCUUCCCCUGUAUCUCUUGUCUUCUUGUCUUCCAAUGUCCCGUGUGAUUCUUCCCUUCCUCUAUUGUCUUCCAAUGUCUCGUGAUUCUUCCCUUCUGUCUUUAAUGGCUUGUCUUCCCUUCUGUCCCUUCAAUGACCGUGUGAUUCUUCCCCUCUGUGUCUCUUUUCUUCUUCCCUCUGUAUCUCUUGUCUUCAAUGUCGGUGUGAUUCUUCCCUCUGUAUCUCUUGUCUUCCUUGUCCCGUGUGAUUCUUCCUUCUGUGUCUCUUGUCUUCAAUGUCCGUGUGAUUCUUCCCCUCUGUAUCUCUUGUCUUCAAUGUCCCGUGUGAUUCUUCCUCUCUGUAUCUCUCUUGUCUUCAAUGUCCGUGUGAUUCUUCCUUCUGUAUCUAUUGUCUUCCAAUAUCCCGAUGAUUCUUCCCCUCUCUAUCUCUUGUCUUCCAAUGUCCGUGUGAUUCUUCCCUCUGUAUCUCUUUGUCUUCAAUGUCCCGUGAUUCUUCCCUCUCUUCAAUGUCUUGUUCUUCCCUCUGUCCUUAAUGUCGUGAUUCUUCCCUCUGUAUCUCUUGUCUUCAAUGUCUCGUGUGAUUCUUUCCCUUGUCUCUCUUGUCUUCGUGUCCCGUGUGAUUCAUCCCCUCUGUCUUCAAUAUCUCGUGUUCUUCCCCUCUGUAUCUCUUGUCUUCAAUAUCGUGUGAUUCUUCCCUCUAUCUCUUGUCUUCCAAUGUCCCGUUUUAUUCUUCCCUUCUGUCUCUUGUCUUCAAUAUCUCAUUAUGUGAUUCUUCCCCUCUGUAUCUCUUGUCUUCAAUGUGUGUGA